AUGGGCGACGGGACUGAUUAUCCAAGUCCACGAAGCGAAGGUCCUGGUGGGCCAACAUCUGUUCUCGUUACUGCCCAAGAAUCUCUUUCUCCCGCGUCCAAAAUGAAUGAACAAAUGUCUCCUGGUUUUGUCGAGGGAGCUCGCCCGCGACUGUCGGUGAGAAGAGCGCGGGAUCCACCGAAGAAUCCCGCAGGCCAAAUCUACUGCGACCAUCCAGAGUGCCAGCAGGCUCCUCCGACUUUCCGUCGUCCGUGUGAAUGGAAUAAGCAUAUGGAUAAACAUGAUCGACCUUACAAAUGCAUGGAACCGGGGUGUGAUAAGGUCCAAGGAUUCACGUACUCUGGUGGACUAUUGAGGCACCAACGCGAAGUGCAUAAAAAGAAUGUCAAUGCCAAGAAGCCUCUGAUGUGUCCGUACGCCGACUGCAACCGCAGUACAGGACACGGAUUUACGCGCCAAGAGAACUUGAAAGAGCAUCUGCGCCGUCGCCAUAUGCACACCGAGAAUGGCACGUCACCCGAGCUUCCUCUGGUACCAACAGCGGAGCUCGAUGAGACAUCGCCUCUCCCGACCUCCAUCACAGCACCUCCGCCUCUCAAACGGAAACGCGAGUCGAUUGAAGAUGUUUCUGUUACGAUGCCGGACGAGGAGGAUAAUGGCGUUGACCUGCACAAUGAACUCAAGAGACUGCGGCGCGAGGUUCAAGAAAAGGACCGUCGGCUGGAGGAAUUGGAGCGAGUUGUCGCAGGGCUGCAGCAGGCCAUCCCCCAACCUUCCGUUCCACAGGAAUGA